UAACUUUCAUUCAUACCUUAGGAGAGAUGAGAUAAGAUGGCUGAUGAUGUGGAAGAACAGCUACUGUCGGAGGUGCAAAAAAAAGAUGGUACUACUACACUGCACCAGGCUGAUGGUACUACUACACUGCACCAGGCUGGUGGUACUACUACACUGCACCAGGCUGGUGGUACUACUACACUGCACCAGGCUGCUCAAAAGGGGGACAUCAAGUUAGUAAAUGAUUGUCUGGUGGAUGUGCAUAUAGAUGUUAAGGACAAAUACAAUAGGACACCCAUUAUGUACGCAGCACGGACUGACGAAAUAGAAAUGGUUAAGCAUCUACUAAAUCUCGGAUCUGAUAUCAAUUUGAAGGAUAACAGUGGGUGGAAUAUCUUACAUCUCGCCGUGCAGAAAGACUCUAUGAGAACUGUAGAAUAUAUAUGUGUCGAAAUACCAACAAAUGCUGCUACCUCAUUAGUUAACGCUAAAGACCCACACGGCAUUACACCCUUACAUAUGGCAAUCAAAAGAGUAUCCAGUAAGGAAUUGAUUUCAAAUCUUUUUAAAAUAGUUGGCAUUGAUGUAGAAAUCAAGAAUUCGAUGGGAAAGACAGCCUUGAUGUACGCUUUAGAGGUUAAUAGAAUUGACAUGAUAGAGAUAGUAAACAUUGUAUGUCAGCACAAAAAGGUUUUCUCAGAAAAAGACGAUUACGGAUUGAAUAUCUCACAUUAUGCCGUGAUGAGUCACAGGUCCUUAGAGUUGAUUAAGUGUCUUCUCGGCAAUGGAUCGAUCAAUAAUACUUCUUUGGUGAGCAGUAAGGAUAAUAUUAUGGUAACACCGUUUCAUCUUGCAGCAUUUGGAGGUAGCGUCGAACUAGUUUUAUUCUUGCUGAAAAUUGACGAAGUUGAUGUGAAUGUUAAUGAUGAUUCCGGAAAAACAGCAUUGAUGCAUGCAGCAAAAGCAGGACAAACUGAGGUUAUUAAAGCCCUCAUUGCUGAUGACCGGGUAGAAGUCAACUAUUGUGAUAAAGCCGAAAGAACUGCGUUGACGCAUGCAGCAAAAGCAGGUCAAACUGAGGUUAUCAAAGCCCUCACAAGUGAUGACCGGGUAGAAGUCAACUAUCGUGAUAAAAUCGGAAGAACUGCGUUAAUGCAUGCAGCAAAAGCAGGUCAAACUGAGGUUAUCAAAGCCCUCACAAGUGAUGACCGGGUAGAAGUCAACUAUCGUGAUAAAAUCGGAAGAACUGCGUUAAUGCAUGCAGCAAAAGCAGGUCAAACUGAGGUUAUCAAAGCUCUCACAACUGAUGACCGGGUAGAAGUCAACUAUUGUGAUAAAACCGGAAGGACUGCGUUAAUGUAUGCAGCAGAAGCAGGACAAACUGAGGUUAUCAAAGUCCUCACAACUGAUGACCGGGUAGAUUUCAACUAUCGUGAUAAGUUUGGAAAAACUGCGUUGAUCUAUGCGGCAAAAGCAGGACAAUUUAAGGUUAUCAAAGCCCUCAAAACUCAUGACCAGGUAGAAUUCAAUCAUUGUGAUAAGGCCGGAAAAACCGCGUUUAUGUAUGCAGAAGAAGCAAGACAAACUGAGUUUAUCAAAGCCCUCACAACUGAUAACCGGGAAGAAGUCAACUAUUGUGAUAAGUUCGAAAGAACUCCGUUGAUGCAUGCGGCGAAAGCAGGGCAAACUAAGGUUAUGAAAGCCCUCGCAAUUAGUGACCAGGUAGAAGUCAACCAUCGUGAUAAGGCCGGAAGAACUGCGUUGAUGUAUGCGGCAGAAACAGGACAAAUUGAGGUUAUCAAAGCCCUCACAACUGAUGACCGAGUAAAAGUCAACCAUCGCGAUAAAGUCGGAAUGACCGCGGUAAUGUAUGCAGCAAAAGCAGGACAAACUGAGGUUAUCAAAGCCCUCAUUGCUGAUGACCGGGUAGAAGUCAACUAUCAAGAUAAGUUCGGAAAAACUGCGUUAAUUUAUGCGGCAAAAGCAGGACAAACUGAGGUUAUCAAAGCCCUCAUAACUGAUGUACGGGUAGACGUCAACCAUUGUGAUAAGGCCGAAAGAACUGCAUUUAUGUAUGCGGUUAAAGAAGGAAAAAUUGAGGUUAUUAAAGCCCUCAUGACAACCGAUGACCGAGUAAAAGUCAACCAUCGCGAUAAAGUCGGAAUGACCGCGGUAAUGUAUGCAGCAAAAGCAGGACAAACUGAGGUUAUCAAAGCCCUCAUAACCGAUGACCGGGUAGAAGUCAAUUAUCGUGAUAAGUUUGGAAAAACUGCGUUAAUUUAUGCAGCAAAAGCAGGACAAACUGAGGUUAUCAAAGCCCUCAUAACUGAUGUACGGGUAGACGUCAACUAUCGUGAUUAG